CGCGCUUCUGGACGUGACUGGUAAUGAAAUUUUGGAUCGCAUUGUAAACAGGCAGACCAGACUGGAUUGCUUCACAACCCGCAGGUUCGCCCCCCCCCUGCACAAAUAAAGAAGUCUGUCAAACCCAAGUGGCUGCCUGCAACUAUCUCUUUUUCAAUCUUUGAAGUGAUCAAGCGACUGACCGAGAGCUUGCUCGAGUUCCAGACCAACACACUCACCUCGAUUUGUGCCUCUAAUGGUUGUUCACCACCAUUACGGAAUGCCAUGAAUGCGACACCGCGCAUGCGGGCUGGGGCUUUCCCACCAACCCCAGGAACAUUAGCUCGAGGUCGAAGGGAUCCUUCGCCCCCUCCCAGACAACAGAGACAAACAAGAACAUUACCACCCGCACCCGAAAACGUGGCUGCUAUACCCCCCGAUAGACAACCUCUAAUACCCCUCGACGUGAUCGAUGCUCCGAGCCAGAGGUUGUAUGCCGUGGCUUUCUAUCUGGCCUUGUUCGCAUGGCGCAUUUGGGAUUGGCUGCAGCUGGUCGAGGAUGAUGUUGGUUCGUUGGUGCAAUUCUUGAAAUGGGUGGGCAUCGACUUUGUCUUCCUCUUCAUGGGGUUGCCUUCACUGAGGAUACCAUGGCUAGACAUGUCACAACCAGUCAUCACUGGCCUAUUCUUCGUUCAGUUCUGCCUAAACUGGGUCUUGAUGUUUAAUAUCCAAGUCCCCUGGAUGGCAUGGCUGCUAGGAUUUGCCAAGGUGUUCUACGAUCGCGAGCUUUCCAUUUCCGAGCACAGCGUCAGGGUGUCAAGCAUCUUGCACAACCACUCCCUGAUCAUGGGAAAGCAGAUCAUCAACAUUCUGCCCGAGGGGUCAGCUUUGCUCAACCCUGAAAAGACACCAUACUGCAUAUCAGACCGCAAAGGGCAGCAAUUUGCUACGCUACCUAUGUACUUCAAUGCGACCGUACCUGCCGCAGUCGAGCUCCUUCGAAUCGAUCUCGAGACCAACAACGAGGAGAUUAUAAAGUUCACUAAGUACCAGCUCAAGGAACUAGGCAGGCAGGCUAAACGCAUCACCGAGGAGGGGACUGUGACAUCUUACAAAUACGAAUACCCGGUUAAGAAAGUGGGUGCAUAUCGGCUGUACAAGGUCCUCGACGAAUACAACCUGGAGGUCCAAAGAGACACUGGUCCUACAUAUGUCGUUUCGUGCCCCAAGGCGCGUGUACGUCCAUCCGAAUUAUCCUCCAGAUGCGUCAACGAUCUAUCAAAUCUGUCGUUGGAAGUGGUGGGGACACCCCCUCUGAAGAUCGUAUACAGCCGGACCAUCAAUGGUAAAGACCAUAGCUUCCACUUCCAGAGUUUGCAGCCCGACGACUUCUCGUCUCCUCUGUUUAGCUCAGGGCGGUCUUCUGCCUUGGUGCCCCAAGAAGGUGAGGACUUCACAUGGGCAAGAUCGCAGGUGGUCCAGGUUUCAUUGAAUGAGUCGAUGAGCCAGGCUGGCGAAUGGCAAUACACAAUCGACGAGGUCCACGAUGGUUUCGGAAACAUUGGCCUGUACCGGGAAACCGGCGACGAGAACGAGCUAAAGCCAAAGCCAAAGGAUCAGCUUCAAAACUUUGUUGUCAGGGAGCGACCUCGGGCGACUCUUGUUGGUUGCGACAUCCGAAACCCUUUGAAGGUUGCCAAGAGGGACAGCGUCCAGCUCCCUUUGAAAUUUGGUCUACCGGAUCGGGCACCAGAUGGCGCUCCUCACACCAUCACCUGGCAAUUUUCGCCUAUCGAUACUCUUAGUAAGAGUGGCGAACAUGGCGAUGUUGUCGAGAUCGGAUCGUUCACGGCGAAGAAUGCGGAACAUCUACCGACUGUGUCUGCGCCAGGUCUCUACACGCUCAAGUCGAUUUCGUGCGAAUCCUGUGAGGGUGAGAUCGAAGAACCUUCUUCGUGCCUCCUGCUCAACCCGCUAGAGCCCAAGCUGAAGAUCUCUCACGAGGAGAUCCCAGACAAGUGCGCCGGCAACUCCAUCGGUUUGAGAGUAGACCUGGAUCUCAUUGGAACACCGCCGUUCAACGUUCGCUAUGAUGUCAUCAGCGAUAACGAGCGACCGAGGACUGAAAAGGUUAUAGUCAAUGGACUACGACAACAAAUCGAACUCCUGCCAAGGGAGGCUGGUCGAUAUCAGUACAGGUUCAGGAGACUGCAAGAUGCCAUAUACGAAGUUCCAUUGCCUUUGACGGAUGAAUACUACCUCGAACAGAACGUCAAACCUCCUGCGUCUGCGCACUUCUUGAACCCUGAAGUCAUCAGCGCCUGUCUGGACGAACCGGUCAAGGUCGACGUAAAACUCAAUGGAGAUGGGCCCUUUACACUCGAGUAUGAAAUGGUCCAUAAUGGUAAGAGAAAGUCACAGAAGGUCUCGGACGUCACGUCGACUACUUAUAGUAUUGAGACGGCUCCUCUGUCCCAAGGUGGCGAAUACACGCUUGCUUUGACCAGCAUCACGGACAAGACUGGCUGCCGCAUCUUCUUGAAGGAGGAAACCAAGAUUUCCGUCAGAAGGCAGCGACCCCGGGCUGCGUUUGGUCUGAUUGAGAACAAGAGGCUCGCUACGGUUGUGGAGGACGCCAAGCUCAACAUUCCCCUACGUCUCUCAGGCGACGGGCCGUUCCGAAUAACCUACCGCAACGUGGAUGGAAACAAAGGCGAUCAGGUCUACGUGGCUCGAUCGUCAAACGAUUUCAUCGAGACGAGCGAGCGGGGGACGUUUGAAAUUACGGAUGUGAUGGACAAUCAAUGCCACGGACAGGUCGAUCCAAAGGCGUCUAUGUUUGAUGUGCGCUGGUUCCCCCGACCAGAGCUGUCACUGUUGCCGGACGAUCGCAUCACAGAGAGGGGCAGCGUAUUUGUGAAACAAGAGGUCUGCGAAGGCGACGUCGACGGGUUUGAAGUCGCACUCAAAGGUGCCCCUCCCUACCAUGUUUCCUAUGAGGUCAGACACAAGCCGAGUUCGGGUUCUGGAUCAGUUGCCCGCAAAGAUUUCGAUGCCGCUCUUCCCAAGGCGUCGGUUCCUAUGGACACGGCCAAGGCAGGACUUUACACGUACAAGUUCUCGGCCCUGGCCGACAACCUGUACAACAACGACCAGAGAAAUCUCCGGCCGCUCACACUCGAGCAGACUGUCAACGCCAAACCGUCUGCUUCCUUUGUCAAGCCGGGCCAGACAUUCAAGUUCUGUAGUGCUGAACCGGGUUCCGAGGAGCCGAUUCCCAUCACCCUUCAAGGCGUUGCGCCCUUCUAUGUGGAGAUUGAGAUCCGCCAUCACACCAACAGUUUCCCUGAAAUAUUCCGCAUCCCUAAUAUUCCGACCAACUCGUACGACAUUCGAAUUCCUCAGAAUCACCUCAAUCUUGGAAAUCAGGCCAUCCGCAUCCGCAAGGUCCGAGAUGCACGAGGGUGCCAGCACAAGACCGAUUCGGGCGGGCCUUUUGUUCAGGUUCAACUCUUCGAUGCGCCAGCCAUCUAUCCAUCCGAGACUCGGACCGACUACUGUGUUGGGGAACGUAUUGCGUACACCCUUUCCGGUACGCCGCCGUUCGAGGUGCAGUACUCGUUUGGUGGGUACCAAAAGAAGGCCAAAUCGCAAGGGAUGCACUUCCGUCGCAUCGCCGAGUCACCCGGUGACUUUGCCAUCACAUCGAUCAGUGACAAGGCUUCCGAGUGCCGCAGGCCCAUUGACAUCACCAAGACCAUCCAUCCCUUGCCAUCAGUCAGGAUAUCUCGCGGAAAGGUAAUCCAAGUCGAUAUUCACGAGGGUAGCGAGGUGGAAAUCUUGUUCGAAUUCUGGGGCACGCCGCCGUUUGACUUCACCUACACGCGAAGCACGAAUGCGCGGAAGGGACAGAAGAGCGUUGUGCUAGAGACGAAACACGACGUCUCAUAUGAACAUAGCAAGAUCAUCGUUGCCAACCUUGAGGGUACGUACGAGGUGGUGGCCAUCAAGGAUAAAUUCUGCGCAUUCAGCACGCUGAAUGUAGAGACGGACAAUGCGCAGAAGAGGCUUCAGUAGUUGGGUAGUUGGUUGUUGAGGACGAAAAGAAAUGUCGGAAUCAUCUAACUGCGAAAACGAAGCAUUGUGGAGAAGGAUGGCAUUGCAUGAGCACGGCGUUUAUUCAUGGGUUUGGUAUGUAAUAGUCAAGUGUCACGUAGAUUAUGAACAUGACAAGAAACUGGAACGGAUU